AUGGCUACAAGCAAUCGCACGCAGUCACCUCGGAACGAAGGCGAGCUUAGCCUUGCGCCUCUGUCAAAUGCCCUGUCGGCUCGCUCCGAUAGACCGACAAGGCUGGAAAACGCCCUGAAUGCCUUCCGCGAUGUUCUGACCGCUGACGAGCGUAAAAAAUUGAAGGUGGAGAUGAACGUUUCUCGCGACCCUAGCCAAGUCAUCGCUUUUACUGCCGGGCUCGACCUUGUGGAUCCAAAUCGCAGGGGGAAAAGCAUCGCCACCAGGCUGCAUUCGAUUUUACAGACAGUACAGCAGUUCUCUCAGGUUGUGGACACCUACGUGUCAUCAAAUCCAGAAAUCGCUGCUCUAGUCUGGGGGUCCCUGACCCAGCAGGUGCUCGCGAACUUCACUUCGUUCUUCCAGACGUUCUCGGAUCUCCUGGAUGGGUUUGACGCAUUGACUCCUCAGUUCAAGGAGUACCAGAUCUUGUUUCCGGACUCUCUUUCCCUAAGAAACUCGAUCUAUGAUUUUCAUACCGCUAUUAUUUCUUGCUGUACUCAAGUCAUAUCAUCAACACGACGCACAUGGCCACAGCAAGCAUUGGCUGCCAUCACAAGAUCCUUCGAGUCAGAAAUUGGUCCGAGCAUUGCUGAGAUUCGCAAGAGGGCGAAGCUCGUCAAGGGCCAAGCAGCCCUUGCCAAAGCUCAAGAUGAUAGCCGCAGGAUCCAGCGUCAAGAGAAAGGCAAGCACAUGCUGAAACAAAAAUGGAAUUCGCUGUUAUUGAAGCUCUCCUCAUAUGACCACGAAUCUGCGUUCAAUCAUGCCCGGGACAAACUUCAUCGAGGAACCGCAGAGUGGAUUUUCAGCACGAGCGAAUUUCAGGACUGGUACGAAAGUGUUGAUUCUUGUGUUCUCAAUAUCUCAGGGAAAAUCGGUUCUGGUAAAACACUACUUGCGGCCAACGUUAUCAGUCAUCUCUUGCAGAAAUCGUCGCCAUCUUCCUCUGUUUCAUAUCUUUUCAUUCGAUUCGAUGACGAAAACAGCCGGUUGGCUGACAUGAUCCUGCGAUCCUUAAUAUGCCAAUCGCUGACUGGCCGUGAGGUGCAGGACAGCUUGAAGGGAAUGCUAGAAAGGUCGGAAUCUACAGGUUUUGAGCGAAACUCUCUGCUGUCACUGCUCAACAUCUCCCUACUCGAAGACAGCUUUCUGGUCAUCGAUGGCCUUGACCAAUGCUCGCCGCAAGAACAGCACACUUUGCUUCAAACCUUUUCUCGGCUUAUGCAGAUGUCUAAUGGUCACGGGCGUGUCAAGAUUCUAGUCUCAGGCAGAGAGAGUACGGCAAAAGAAGUGGAUCGAGCCUUGGCACCCACCAAGCACCUGCGAACAGGCCUUGCCGAUACUAAUGCUGACCUGGCACGAGGUCAGCUAGUUCUCGGAGACGAGAGCAUCAUGGAUCAAAUCGUGCAUCAACUACAGACUGGCGGCGAGGGCAUGUUCUUGUGGGUUUUCCUCACAAUAGAGGACAUUUGUUGCUGCCCCACCGAUCAUGACAUUCGACAAGCCCUCGAAGUCCUGCCAAGAUCGCUAUCGGACACUUUCAAUCGGGCUCUUAAGCGGAUUGCUUCAUCCCAAUCGACUUCAAUAGUUGAUCUUGUUCAACGAACCUUCAAAUGGGUGGCAACCGUUCGACGGCCCCUGACCCGCUGGCAGCUGGGAGAAGCUUUGGGGGUGAAGAUUCUCCAGAAGGCGUCUACCAAGGACCAGAUCAUAAACGGGACAGAGAGACUGCCGAGUUGGUGCGAGAACCUUAUUCAUAUUGAAGCGGGGGACGAGACAGUCCGGUUUUUCCACCACUCGAUCAAGACGCACUUACUGGAAAUGGAGCUGAAUGACACAGUACCAGAGUUGGGUGCAUUUCAUAUUGACAUGAAGGCUUGGGAUCAUGAAGUGGGAGAAAUUUGCUUGACUUAUCUCAACUUCAGCGACUUCGAGAAGGCGAUGAUCAAGGUCUCUCGGAAUACCAACAACCUUCAACUACAACAAAUCGCUAAGUCGGAUGAAGGCCGAAGAAUCCUAGCCGCAGUGGGAAAUCAAGCAGCCUUAGACGCUCUGCCGGGGCACACAGCCGCUCGAUUUUUGCGACGGUUUCUCAGACCAAAGGAGUCCAGGGAUGGCUGCAAUCUUCCCCAGGGCGUUUCAAACCCAACAGAAUCAGCUGCAGCGGACGGCCAGGACUACUCAGAACUUUUCGAACACUAUCCCUUCCUUAUCUACGCUACAAAGUUUUGGCUGCAUCACUCCUUCCAUUUCCACCAGCCUACAACCAAAACCUGGCACUUGUGGGUAAAUCAGGUGAACAGAUCGAUACUAGAAGAUGACAAGUUUUUUGUCAACUUUGGGCGGCAACCGCCAGGUUUCGAGUCGUUUGAGGCAAACAAGAAAGCCUGGGUGGAAAAUCUCUGGCAAACCGACGAACGGAGAAAGUUGCUUCAUCCUGAGGUGGAGGCGCUUCACAAGGCGUUUGUCUUCGCCGAUUUUAUCGCCCAUAGGGUACUACUUACUUUCAUCCUCAGGACCAUCAAAGACCGCAAUCAGAAGCUGAGCCAGCACAUACUAGUGUUUCUUCUUCCAGAUAGAAGGGUCUUCCAGUUUCCCCGAGAGCGCGAAGGAUACAUCAAAGAGGAGAACUGUCACGACGGUCUCAUUAGUCUCGUCACUGAAUUCGUUGCUUGCGAUGGCCCUAUGGAUUUGUGUCCAGUUAUACAGGAUAUCGAGACCUCUCCUUGCGGCGACAAUUGCGCAAAGAAACCCAUGCACAUGCAUAUGGCCAAUAUUCUUUCUGGGUCGGAUUACUUCAGAGGCAUCCAGCCCUGGUUGCCCCUGUUCGCGAAAAUAGUUGUCCUCGGGCCUACAAAAGAAACGUCAGACGCUAUUGAAAAGUCGAUCAUUUCGAAGACCCCGUGCAUCCACGAAGCCCGAGCCCUAGAUGGUAGAGAUAUCAUCGACAUUAUUCUCGAGACAGGCUGGCCAUCAUCAUCCGAAUACGCACGCUGGGUCCUCGACUUACACAAGAGUUGUGUGGGAGGACGCAGAUACAAAACCGAUUACUGGCGACACAAACUACAGGUGGCCAUUGAAAACCGCAACAUGAAUGCGGUUGAAUAUUAUUUACAAGAAACAACGCUCUCAUUGGCAGGGGAGAAGGAGUGUUGUCGGAUUGAUUACAAACUGUUACGGGAGAUUAGUGACGACUGGUCUCUCUCACCUGAGUUCAGAUACGAAGCCAUUUCCAUUGCUGUCCCUGGAGUCGCGGAAGAAAAUAUGUGGAGAGUAUACGAGGAGUUUGAACAGAGAAUCAUUUCAGGCGACUGGGACAUCAUAGUGGUGCUGUCACAACACGGCAUAAAACUCGCCGAUGGUGUGUCAGACGACUACCGCUGCCAGGGGAAACGCCGAUGUUUCGGGGUUCUUGACGACAUACUCUGCUGUGUUUCUCGAUCAGCGGCAUCAUGUUGCUCUCAAGGAUGGGUAUCAUUGGGAAACAAGACCAAACCGACGCUGGAGUUAUGCGUCCUUCAUUCCGCCAAAGCUAAGCAUGAGUGGAAAUCACGAUAUCCCCCGGAACAAUCCAACGACGAGAAGAUUUUUGGAUCUCUCCACGGUUUGGUUUAUCCGGCAGAUGCUCCCACGAAGUUGUCAAAAUCGAUAUCGUUCUCUUGA